CGUGGUCGAGUGCUCCGCGCUAAUCGCGAUUAUGGCGCUCGCCAGCUGAGAGAGGACAGAAGAGUAGUGUCGCGCUGAGAACGGUCGUUUGUGGUGGACGGGGCGAUUUUUCACGAGCAGGCAGCAACAUGGAAGGCCAACAGUUCUGUUUACGAUGGCACAAUUUUCAAAAUACUCUUUUGAGCUCGCUUCCACAGCUGCUCGACGGAGGUGAUUUAACAGAUGUCACACUUAGCGCCGGUGGUAAACAUAUACGUGCUCAUAGAAUCAUACUCUCGGCUUGUAGUUAUUACUUUAAAGAACUCUUCAAGAACUUGGGUUCCUUGCAACAUCCGGUCAUUGUGCUGCCAGGCAUGGAAUAUGCAAAUUUGUGGGCUCUGGUCAAGUUUAUGUAUAAUGGAGAAGUGAAUAUUUAUCAAGAACAAUUACCUGCACUUUUAGCUAUGGCCGAUACUUUGCAUAUUUGUGGAUUAGCUGACAUGGCUGGGAAAAAUUCGGGACAGGAUAAUGGCUUGUAUGUGCAAUCUCCAAUAAUGCAACCUCAGGAAAGACUGAACGAAGAGAUAAUAAAGACGGAAUCAAAAGAUAAUAUUAUAGCUACUGGAUCGUCGGAAUCUGUACCAUUGCUUAAAGUAACGGAUAAUUUAGAAGAUGAAGAACCUAGCAACGAUCAAGAAAGUAUAUCAUACUGCGUGAAGACGAAACCCUAUUACUCGAUAAAUGCGAAGCUAAACCAAAGGGAAAAAUCGGCUGUUCCUGUUAACGUAUCUAUUAAUAAGUAUAUAGAUAGAGGCUACUCGGAAAAUAUAACAGACGAGACAACAUCGAUCGUGGACGACCAGGUAACACCCAUAGAAGAUGUAAAACCGUCGGCCGUGUGGGACGCGAGUUUCAAGUUGCUCACAGCAUCUGCGCCAAGUAGAACCUCCCAGACUUACAACAAAUCCAGUGUCACUUGUCUUAUCUGUGGUAAACAAUUGAGUAAUCAGUACAACCUGCGAGUGCAUAUGGAGACGCAUAGUAACAGCUCGUACAGUUGCACGUCGUGUUCGCAUGUCUCACGAUCACGAGAUGCUCUCCGGAAACACGUAUCCUACAGACAUCCGGUAGCUUCUUCUCAAAAACGUCCACGGUAUAAUACAUCAAAACCAUCAAUAAUGUGAUGGUAAAGUCACUAUUGUGUUAUUCUGUAUAGAUACUUUAACCUUUACUAGGAAAUAUCCUUAAAAUCUUGUAUAUCUUUCUAUUAAAAAUUUAAAUUUAAAUUUAAAUUUACAGAAAGAAAAAGAGAUUAAAGUAAAACAAAUAUUUUAUUAAAUAUAUUAAAGUCAUUGUUUUAGAUAUGUUGAAUUUUAAAGAAUAUUAAAGAAUAAUUUAGUGAAGCAGUUCGUAGAAUAAUGUAAUGUAUACCUACCUGGAUGGUAGAUUAUACUGAUAGAUUAUACAAACAUAAUUGAAUUUGUAAGAGCAACACUGGACUGAUUACUGAUAAGUCAAGUCAUAAUAACAUCUUCGUUAAGUGUACAAAGUAAAGUGUGAUCAUGUUCCUGAAGACCUUUAGUGUUCGAUUGUUAUUGCUUUCUUGUUAUUGUUACAUCAUUUUAAUAAAGACAAAUUAGAUAAGUCGUGUGAUUCUCUAGUGCAAAUGCAAUAUGUCUAUAUAUGUGCAAAAAUUAAGCUGCGAUGGAAGAACCGCGGUUUUUAAUUUUAUGAUAUGUGAAUUAAUUCUACUAAUAAAGUCGGUAGACACAAAAGAUGCAAAGAAGAUUGCAAUAUAAUUUUUUAAUCGUAUAUCAAGAAUUGUAUUAAAAAAUAAUAUACAAUAUAUUCGUAGACUACGAAAUAAAUAAAAUGCCUCCAAAAUUGAGUUUUCUUA